UAUCUCAAGCAAUUGGUUGUAUAUUUUGCACAAAAUUAUUCCAUUCUCUGUGGUUAUUCCCAAUUUCAAAUUAUUAUUCGUUUGUAAAACCAUUUAAAAUGUCGAAAAAACUCACACCAGAAAAUUUUCCAACAGCGAUAAAAGACAAAUAUAUCGAUGAUUUGUCAAAAUAUACAAAAGUCCAGCUAUUAGAAAUGCGUGACCGUCAACUGAAAUUGAUGGCCAACAAAUCACGUUUGGCAAAAUUACCGGAUAAAGGUGAACGAAUUCAGAAAUUGUACGAAAAUAUUAUGCAAGAGAUCAAUGCACGCAAUGUGAUUGAUAAAGCUGCCGAACUGUUUUCCGAAUUGAAUAUUGUUGAAAAAGGUGUCAAGACUUUAACACACAUGGAAUGGACUGGUGGAAAGAUGAAUGGUGAUCAAAUUCUAGUGGCAGCUGACACAUUGAACAGUGACAACGAUGAAGAUGAUGAAUUCGAUCCGUUGAAAAUAAUUGCACAAAGCCGCGAAACAAAAUUGGUUAAAGUAGUAAAAUCGCCAAAAAGUCUCAUCACAGCAGCCGAUUUGGCGGACAUUAAAUCAAUGAACAACGAAACGAACAAUGAUGACACGAAUAAAACUGGCGAUUCGGUUGAAUUAGAACCGCAUGCCAUUUAUAUGAUUAAAAUGGAUAAAGCGUUUGAUCCAAAUGCAAAAAUCAAACAAAAAUUUCUACCAUUUCGAACAACAAAAGGUGAUGCACACAACAUUGAAAAGGAAAAACAACGAAAGCAUGGUAAACAUUGGGAAGUCACGUCUGCCACACCACCAAAUCUACGGAACAAUGCUGUUAAAUUGAUUACACUACACGAAUCAAUCGAAAUGGAAAAACAACAUCAAGAAAAACUACGCGAACAAUUGGAAAAACAUGCAGAAGAACGGCUGGCGAUACGCAAGAAGAUAAUUGCCGAUAAUAUAUCGUUGUUGCCGUCUGGCAGCGCACUUUUGGAUCCAAAUUCAUUUUUUCAGUCGUAUCGACAACGCAAUGUACAUUUUGAUGAAAAUGCCGAUUCCGACGGUGGUGAAUCUGACGAUAAUGAUGAUGUGUACAGCGAUAAUGAUAUUGAUUUGCUCACCUAAUUACAUCCGAACAGAAAAUAGUGUCUAAGAAUUUUGUAAAAUAAAUGUGAUUAUCUCAAGGAAUAAAAUAAGUAAAACAAUUCAUACAGACAUCGAAA